AUGAAGCAGCUUAAUUCUCGACAGUUUCUUUGCGAAAACGAUCUCUACGACAGCGAGUCACGGGUGAAGAUCUUUUUCGAUGAGAAAAUCGACUGUGAGCAGAUGAAUCUCAACGCGACUUUUUGGAAAGAAAACGACUUGUGGAAUACUGAUUAUUUGGGAGAAAAAUGGGUUCUCAUAAAUCGCCUUAAAAACCGAACGACCGGGUCACUUCCGAACCUAAGACGGGAUAUUGGAUUCAAAACCGUUCCUCUUACAGAAGUAGAAAACAUAACUGGUUUUCAUUUCUGUGACCGAAACCAAAAUGCUCUAGCGAUUUCGUGGAUCCCUUACGAACAGCGAUUUACUAUGUCUUCCGCGAAAAAGGGCCAAACUUUCUGCAUUUACGAUAAAUAA